AUGAUCGAGCCUGAUGAAAUACUGGAUGGACAACGCAUUUUGGAGGAGCUAGAAAACAUCAUCAAAAGAACACCUGAAUCACUCUCUAGCGAUGAAAACGGUGGCGAGGAAUUCGAGUCUGUAGAACAUGAAAACAUAGGAAACAAAGUUAAGCUUCGAUUGCCAAAUCCAGACCGCGCUGACCUUUCGCAAGAAGUUUUGGGUGCUAAAAGACUUCUGAGGUUGCCCAACGGGUUAAAGUUGUAUUUUGGCCAAAUAAUAGCUCUGGCCGGCGACUUUUACGGUGUCCCCAAGCACCCCAUCAUUGAUCCAGGCGAAAAGCUUGAAGACCAAAUAUCUGGUCGUCGUGAACGCUUUAUUGCAGCAUACAACACUCUGGCGAAAGCUGAUUACAAGGAAGUAAAGAACGAACUGGACGAGAUACUGGAAAUUAUGACGAAAGAAAGGAGUGAAAUCGAAUCUGUGCUAGAAGACAGGGAAGGAAAAAUAGCUAUAUCUGGUGAUGAUGGCAAAAUUCGCAUGGUACCCAAGGAUGCUUACGACAAGCUUGGUACCUCGCUGGUAAAAAAAUGGGACGAAGUGACUGGUGGUAAGUGGAUUCUUGGUGUGCCUCUAAUACUCGGGCGGUUCAUGAAGCUGGCUGCAAAUAAUCACGAUCACUUCUUGCCUUUUGCUGAACAUGCUUAUGUAGCUGGGCAUGAGCUAGCUUUGGAAAAGGCAAAAGAGGCCAGCAAAAUUGGACACCAGGAAGAAAGGAUAAGGUACCUCGAAGAAGCGUACUCCAUCGAUGCGUUUGCCUGCCAUUUCCUCACAGACAGCUUCUCAAGCGGACAUUUAAGGUGAGGAUUUAAAUUAUCAGCUAAUUGAAGGUGUUACUGUUUGCAAAAUCAUCAAACUGAAUUUCACCGGGUGCAAAUUAAAUACACAAUUAUUAAGUAAAAGUGACACACCUUCGUUAUUUUUUGCGGCUAAAUGCUUUACUUGUUUAGACUUUUUUUUAUUUAAUUUGAUCCAAUAUUGACUUAUCGGCAGCGAUCGUAUGGUAAUUUUAAUUUGUGGUUUUCAAGACGGUGUAAGAAGAAGAAAUGAAAAGAUUCUCUUGAUGAAGUUGCUUAUAAAGAUUUGAUGGAGUUUUAAAGCUCUUAUUGCAUUUUCUUGGUUUUCAGUAAAAACUCUUGCAUUUCUGUGUCUAAAUUAAAUCGUAGCCUUUAUAAGCCGCAUGGAAAAAAACUUGAAACAAAUGCGUGCUUCCCCCUCCACACAAAAGCUACCUUAAGAGGACUAUGCUGACUUAAUAAAAAGGGCUCGUUGUAACUCUGAAUUUUUCAGGACUCCAAGACUUGAGCUGGCAAAGCAAGUAACACCUUCAAAAGUGGGAGACCUGCUGUGUAAGUACAUGCACGACGAAGACAACAAACACGGCAUCCGCGUUAAAAAUCGCAAGGGUGAUAAGUGGAUUGCAUAUGGUGACGGUAUGCUGCUUAAUGAUGAAAGUGAAAUAAAUUUCAAAAUUGCCGUGGAUGCUGUCCAAAAAUCGGUUGAUCAUAUCUACGAGGCCUUCCAGUAUCCUAACCAAUCAACAGGUUCAAGUAGUGUAGUGACAGACUACAUCCCCUCUGUAGACGAGGAUGAAAAAAACAACUAUCCGAUGUUUCGAGUGGAAGAUGGCAUACUUGUUCGCCGGAAAAACCUGGAAAAUCUAAGUGACCCUAAUACAACAAAUAGUUGGACUGGGCUGGGAACAGUCAAGAAGUUGAGAUCAUACAAACCAAGUGAUUCAGUCAUUGAAGAAUAUGACGACGAAGUUGAUUGCCGUGGUUGCGGUCAGAGCCUUGAUCCAGAAAUUAUAGCAGAACAUACGGCUUAG